AUGAAAAUGAUGAACACCUUUCUUUACAUUCCGCAACAUGUGCUUGAAUUAAACCAGCAUCCCCGUCCAUACAAUCAUGCACCCAUCCGCAAAAUACUGCGUAUCAAUACGUCGCCUCCCACUCCAUGUCAGCAAUUCCAUCCUCAGCAGACGCUCCAGACCAGAAACCAACUAAAUCAAGACCUCUCACCUUCGCAAAUCUCGCCGCUUGUCCAAUCCCCAUAUUCAUCGCAAUCCACAUCAAGCACUCCUGCAAGUACUCCCGCAUCUCCUCUCCAACAGUCCCCACCCUCGACGUCAAAAACAGAGGAUGCAUCAGCAGUAGCCCAGCUACCGCUCUCCCUAGCUUCAAUCUGGCUCCACUCCCCCGUCAAUAAAGGACCUCAGGUCAUCAGUCAGGUGGUACGGUAUACUCGCCACUCUAUCCUCGAUUAG